AUGGUACAUGAGUUCGAGAUUCCAGUUAAAAAGGGGGACAUACUUGUUGUAGGAACUGAUGGAUUGUUGGAUAACAUGUUUCCGAGAGAUAUCGAGAAUUUAGCCAAGGUGGUGAGUGCUAAUGGUGCAGAACCAGAGCAGGUGGCUUGGGCAAUAGCCGAACAUGCUUAUUAUAACUCCGUAGAUAAACAUGCAUCAACACCAUCUGUGGAAGCUUCUUUGCUGGCUGGAAAACAGCACCUUGGUGGCAAAAAAAACAAUAAAAAUGUUAUUGUUGUUCUUAUUGUCGACAAAUAG